UUUCUCCAACUUCAAGCGGGGACUAAACCUACACAAGACCCCGGUCAUAGCAGCUGUUGUCCAGCGGGGACUGAACCUACACAAGACCCCGGUCAUAGCAGCUGUUGUCCAGCGGGGACUGAACCUACACAAGACCCCGGUCAUAGCAGCUGUUGUCCAGCGGGGACUGAACGUACACAAGACCCCGGUCAUAGCAGCUGUUGUCCAGCUAGGACUAAACCUACACAAGACCCCGGUCAUAGCAGCUGUUGUCCAGCGGGGACUGAACCUACACAAGACCCAGGUCAAAGCAGCUGUUGUCCAGCGGGGACUGAACCUACACAAGACCACGGUCAUAGCAGCUGUUGUCCAGCGGGGACUGAACCUACACAAGACCCCGGUCAUAGCAGCUGUUGUCCAGCGGGGACUGAACCUACACAAAACAAAGGUCAUAGCAGCUGUUGUCCAGCGGGGACUGAACCUACACAAGACCCCGGACAUAGCACCCGUUGUCCAGCGGGGACUGAACCUACACAGGACCCCGGUCAUAGCAGCUGUUGUCCAGCUGGGACUGAACCUACACAAGACCCAGGUCAUAGCAGCUGUUGUCCAGCGGGGACUGAACCUACACAAGACCCCGGUCAUAGCAGCUGUUGUCCAGCGGGGACUGAACCUACUCAAGACCCCGGUCAUAGCAGCUGUUGUCCAGCGGGGACUGAACCUACACAAGACGUCAGGCCCCUGGCUAUGGCUCAAGAGCUAAUCAAAGAAGAGGGCAUUUUUUUUGAUGACCUCAACAAGCUGCGAGCCCUCGACCCAGAUGUCAGCCAAAAUACCUCCGAGCUGAAGGAGGAGUGCAAAGAAUUUGUCACCAAAAUUGAACAGUUUCAGGACAAGGUGGGAGGUCUGAUUCAGUUGGUCGAUGAGCUGGCAAAAGAAACCGAGGCGGAAAAGUUCAAGGUGAUUGGAGCCAGAAACCUGCUCAAGUUGGUGGCGAAGCAACGAGAAGCCUCGCAACAGCAGCUUCACGCUCUCAUCGCCGAGAAGAAGAUGCAACUUGAAAGGUAUUGCAUUGAGUGUGAUGCCUUGUCUAAAGUGGAGUCUGAACAGAACGAGUUCAUCAACCAGUUUAUUCUGCAAAACUGAGUCAAGAAGCCAGCCAGUGUUUACGUUGGUUUGUGGAGCGGCCAUCCCACAAGUUGAAGAUUCAAGUCCGACAACAGGUGCCCUCUAAGUCCAGUUGAACUAUAUCCGAGUAAGACAAGGAACCUCUCCAGAUCUUCCUGUUGC